GUUUUCACCAGCCAGAACCCAUUAGCAGGUUAGAAAUCUCAAAUAUUUUUCAAAAAAUUUGUCAAAGUAGAUCAAAACCCACUUCCCAAAAUGCUGAAUCUGAAAUGGGUUUUCAAGUUUGCAUUCAUUUUUCAAUUCUCUGUUUUAUUCCUAGAAACCCUGACUCAAACAGUUGCACAAACUCCAGUUUGUUCAGAGACAGACAGAGCUGUACUAAUUGGAUUCAAAGGCAAGAUUUUGAAAGACACAACAGAGAUUCUCUCUUCAUGGAUUGGUAAAGAUUGCUGUGGAGGAGAUUGGGAGGGCAUUCAGUGUAACCCUACAGGGAGGGUGAUUGGUUUGGAGUUGCAGAGACCUGCUGACAGAGAGAGUGGUAUGUACAUGAAGGGCACCUUGUACCCUUCUCUGGGUAAUCUCCAGUUCUUGGAGACACUGGUGAUAAGUGGGAUGAAACAGAUUGGAGGUCCUAUUCCAGAGAGCUUCUCAAAGUUAACCCACCUCACCCAACUUGUCCUUGAAGAUAACAGCUUUGAAGGAUCCAUUCCUCCAAGUCUAGGUCAACUGCCCUUACUGAAGACACUCUCCCUGAGUGGGAACCAUUUGAAGGGACAGAUUCCUCAAAGUCUUGGGAACCUCAGAAACCUCAUCCAGGUGAAUUUUGGUAAGAACUUCCUGACAGGCCCAAUCCCACCCACCUUCAAAAACCUCAAUAGUUUGCUGUACCUUGAUCUUAGCUACAACCUUCUGUCUGGGCAGAUUCCAGAUUUUUUUGGACAGUUUCAUAAUCUAACCUCUAUUGACCUUUCAAAUAACAAGCUCUCAGGCCAGAUACCCAGUUCCUUUUGUAACUUGCCCAAUCUCAUGGACCUUUCUCUGAGCCAUAACCAACUCACUGGUAGAAUCCCAGAUCAGAUUGGGAACAUUAAAUCUCUUACCACCCUUUCUCUGAGUGAUAAUCAGCUCACUGGUCAAAUCCCAGUUUCAGUUUCAAGGCUACAGAAACUUUGGCAACUUAACCUGUCAAGAAAUGGGUUUUCAGAUCCCUCACCAAGAAUCCUUCCAAAUGGCAUCCCAUCUCUACUGUCAAUAGACUUAUCCUACAACAAACUCCAUUUAGCAAAUGUUCCUGACUGGAUUAGAAAUAAACCCCUCACAGAUGUGCACCUUGCUGGUUGUAACCUCAAAGGCCUCUUACCAAACUUUCCAAUGCCAGAAUCUUUGGCAUCAGUAGACCUCUCUGAUAACUUUUUCACAGGUGGGAUUCCCAAUUUUUUCACAAACAUGUCAAAUCUGCAAAAGAUCAAGCUCUCAAACAACCAGCUUAAGUCUGAUGUUUCAGAAAUUGUAUUACCAGAAGGGCUUUCCACUCUUGAAAUCGGCUCAAAUCAGUUUUAUGGCUCACUAUCAAGGCUAUUACAGAACAAAACAAGCAGCUUUAUAGAGUUCAUCGACAUUUCCAGAAAUCAAAUUACAGGUGAGAUUCCUGAGUUCAGUGAAGGUUCAGGCUUGAAAGUGUUUAAUUUGACACGCAACAGGAUCACAGGCAUAAUCCCAAGUUCAAUAUCAAACCUACUUGAACUUGAGAGAUUGGAUAUUUCAAGGAACCAGAUAGAAGGCACCAUCCCAACAAGUUUAGGAGAGCUACUGAAGUUGCGAUGGCUGGACUUGUCCAACAAUGGGCUGACAGGGAAAAUACCAGAUAGCUUCCUUGGCCUACAAAGCAUCAGGCAUGUAAACUUCAGGACAAACAGGUUGUGUGGAGAAAUACCUCAAGGAAGACCCUUCAACAUCUUCCCUGUGGCUGCUUAUGCCCACAAUCAGUGCUUAUGUGGCAAGCCCUUGCCAAAUUGUAGAAUAAGGAAUCUAUGAAUAGAGAGUCAGUAAAUGCUGACUGUGCUACCAGUGGUAGGCAUCUUUAAUGCCUUGUUGGUUGUUACUUGUUAGUAACUUCAGAAGAGAUGAGGUCCA